ACUUUUCUGCAUUAUAAAUUCAUUGCCACAGCGCAACACAACACAACACAAACACUGAGCUUUCUUCGUUUUCCUUUAUUAAUAGCUGCUUCACCACCUUUCCUUCUAAUCGUCCUAUCUUUGUUACAACAACAAUGGAUGUUAUAGGUUUUGGUUUCAGACCCACAGAAGAAGAACUUGUCGACUAUUACCUCAGACACAGGUUGCUCGGUGAUGAUCCACAAGUCCACGUCAUCCCCGACAUCAACCUCUGUGAAGUGGAACCUUGGGACGUACCAAUGUUAUUCGGGGAACCAGAUGGGCAAUUCGAUUUUCCAGAAUGGUUUUUCUUCAGUCCUGUUGAUUUCAAGUAUUCAAACAGUAAAAGGAUUAACAGGACAACCAAGUGUGGCUUCUGGAAACCCACUGGAAAAGAUCGUGAGAUUAGGAGCUCCCACUCCAACAUUCUCAUUGCCACAAAAAAGACUCUCGUUUACUACAAAGGCCGCGUUUCACGUGGUCAGAAGUCCAACUGGGUUAUUCAUGAAUACCAUGCUGUUACCUUUCACGAAAGCCAGAGGACUUUCGUUUUGUGUCGCUUGAUGAAAAAACCUGGGGAAACAACUGAAGGUGGAGGUGAUGAAGGGGAGAGCAGUAGAAUCAUGGUUUCUGGCUAUGAGAAUCAGUCAAUAGCAGGAGGCAUUCCUUCAAGAAGUACUCUUACUGGAAUGGAAACGACCUUACAGCAAGAUGAAACGUCUUUUCCAAACUACUCAUAUCACGAUGCCUAUUUUAGAAAUGAAUCUAACAUUGAGCAUUUUUCAUAUGAAACUACUCAGGAGAAGGAAUUCCUGAAUUCUAUUUUUGUUCACGACGAUUAUGUUAACAAUGAACAAAAUAUAAAUACCUUCUACAAUACUUUCACCCAAUCGGAGUCAUUGAGAAAAGUAUACCGUGAAAAUAGUGAUACGGAUGCUGAGGCCGUCUCCGAACAGGGUGAUAAUAUUAUGAAUAUUUCAACAGUGUUUAAUAGAUAUCUUAACUUAGAUGAAUACCAUUCAUCAAAAAAGUUUGAUUCUGAAUUAUCGGACGUGGAUGUCGAGGAAGGUGUAAGUAUGCCAUCUUCUGUCCAUGAAAGAAACCAAGAGAAAAAGAAGAAGAAAAAGAAGAGCAUAUUUUCUUUCUUCUAAUCAUUACAGAGGAAGAUUUCAAACAAUGCAGUAUUCCAUGUAGAGGCUCGGAAGGAUUUUCUCAUUGUGAAUUAGAA